UCGUCCAUCGCCGCGUUCCUCUGCAGCAGCAGGCGCUCGCUCGCUCGCUCGGCUCGGCUCGAUUCGGCCUCAGCAGAGCAGGACGAGGCGAAAUGCGUCUGUCUGCUCCUUGCACCCGCUGUCGAAGAUCGAUUCCAUAGUAGGCCGGCUGGCGUCUCACGAGCUUGCGGAUUGCGGUUGCCGUGUGCCAAGCUUAGGUGAUUGAUUGCGAUUUGGCCGUAAGAUUGAUUUGUAGGGAAGAAAUCGAGAGCGACGAGCCCUGUGGACAAAGUCGGGAGAGCAGAGGGUCGGGGCGGGUCACCAUGGUGUACUACUUCAAAGCUCGGCCCGAGGCUGGCGAUUAUGUCAUCUACAUGGGGUUGGACAAGCACGAGAACGAGGAUCUCAUCAAGUACGGGCUGCCGGAAGAUAUUUGGUUUCAUGUCGACAAGCUGUCAUCAGCUCAUGUGUACCUCAGGAUGCAAAAAGGGCAGACAAUGGAGGGCAUUUCAGCGGAACUUUUAGAAGACUGUGCUCAGUUGGUGAAGGCUAACUCUAUUCAAGGUAACAAAAUAAAUAAUCUGGACGUUGUAUAUACACCUUGGUACAACCUGAGGAAGGUUCCAUCUAUGGAUGUCGGGCAAGUUGGAUUCCACAAUCCUAAGCUUGUGCGAACAGUAAGAGUUGAGAAGCGCGUAAAUGAGAUUGUGAACAGGCUGAAUAAAACUAAAGUGGAGAGAACACCUGAUUUAAAAGCUGAGCGUGAACAGUACAAUGCAGCAGAGAGGGCAGAAAGAAAGGCUCAAACAAGAGACAAGAAAAGACGGGAAGAAAUUGAACGACUAGAGAAGGAGAGGCAGGCGGAAAUUCGAAGCUACAAAGGGUUGAUGGUUUCACAGAAAAUGACCUCCAACAAAGAUGUUGCUUCUAAAGGAAAAUCACUCCAAGAACUGGAAGAAGACUUCAUGUGAUGCCUUUAGCGUGCCACCGACGUCAAUGAAUUGAUUGUCAAUUGUUCUCGUCAGCAGCUGGAGAACAUGAACGCGUUUACUUUCAGGAUGUUCAUCUAGAAGAUCCUGUGGGCAGAGAAGGAGAUAACAUCGAUGGAACACUCUGCUUGUAAGAAUUGGUCGUAUUCUCACCAUGGAUAUUGCCUUUCGGUGAAGCGCUGAACUGUUCAGCAGCAAGACUUCACCCGUUGAUGUUAUUUGUCAUGAUGUAAUCGAGCGACUAGUAAACUGGCUUUCGCAAUGUAAUCUUUCGCAAUCUAAGUAGAUGAUUUGUGGACUUUCAAAAUACAGAGUGAAUAGUGUGGUAGUUGGAGAGGUUCCGCAUGGUGAGUGGUUCUUUUCUGAGGGCAAGUUCAGCACAGAGGCGAACAGCUGUCAUUUCAAAUCUCCUCUCAAGGCAUUGGAUUUUGCGUACCUUAUUACCACGGAGAGGUAUUGCUUUCAGUUUUUCUGUCCAAGUCAGGAGUUGGAGUUGAGUGAGAUGUCUCACUUACACAGAGGAAGUCACUGGCUAAUUCGAACCAAAUAAAGUCCAUUUGGAAGGUGUGACGUCCUUUCAACUUUUCCGUAGGCGACAUAUUUGCAAAGGAUUGUGGAAGUGCUGAGUCAGGUCAGUAGGCUUAGGUUCUGGUGCUGUGAAUUUCCUUUACCGGGAAACAAAGCCUGAGCAAGCCUAGACUUUAGACAAGAUCAAGAUGGUAAGUGUAAGGGACGGUGUCGAGAGCGAAGCCGAAGAUUGUCUUCCGCCCCAGUUUAUAUCCUACACUCUUGAUAACGGUCUGUUUUGUACAACUAAGAGUUGCUAGACCAGCUUUAUCAGUAUGAUUUAGGAUGAAGAGUCCUUUGGCAUUGGAGUGCACGUUUCCAUUGAUGCACACGUUUGAGGAUUGAUACUGUUAUGAAUUUCCCGCUACUAAAAGUAAUUUCGGUGUAACGCUCUGACUUUGUAAAGUAAAUGUAGAUAUUAAGCAUUCUCUCUAUGGCACAUUGAAAAGGAAGAAUUUUCAACACUCGAUUAAUAUGAAUCUUCUGUUCUUGGGAGAUUUUACCGGA